AUGAGCGGCCACGGGAUUCCAGUCAUAAAACAAAAUGCGGACGCUGUUUUAGUGAAUGACGGCAACCUGCAUACCGGAGUUUUAGCGAAAAAUAAGCACCUUCUGAAAAACAUCCAGUGCUGGCACAAAUUCUUCGUUACCAACACGGAGGGUCUUACUCGAGAUCAAAUCCUCAAACCAAUCUUGGACCAAGUCCAUCCCUUAGAUUUAAUCCCGGUUUUUUUCAGCUGGGCCCCGCAGCAGAGCAAUUUCCUGGCACGAAACUGCGAAUUUGCCAUCGAAAAGUUGUGCAAAGACAACUUGGUGGUUAACAAUCCGGGUUCUACGCCUUUCAAACUUUCCAUAGUCCUCAACUAUGCCAACACUAACUCGAUUAAAAUCGAUGUCCAAAAGAAUGUUGUUAGCGUUUUGAAGAAGCGUUUUGAUAGCGGCACUAGAGUGUUGAACUUGGAUCGAUUCCACGAGGAUCCGGAUUUGACUGAGUUUUGCCCCUUGUCCCAACCUAAGAUUAUGUAUUUUGUUUUGCACAUUGCCAAAGGGAUUUUGCCGGAAGUUCUGAUUUUGUCCAAUAAUUAUAUCAGGCUACUCAAUCCUUUGGAUGUCCUUAUAGGGCUGAAAAUCCAAAAAAUUGAUUUGAGCUACAACAAACUCAGUUCUAUGGAUGAUAUAAGUUCGUUGAAGAAUUUUGCCUUGAGAGAGUUGACUUUAAAUGGCAAUUCGUUGUGUAAUUGUUCUGAGGAUGUUUAUGUUUCGAGUAUUAGGACCAUUUGUCCUAGUGUUGAAAUCCUUGACGAUGUUUUAAUUGUUGUGGAUAAAUUUUUAUCUCCGAAAAAGAUUUUUCUUGUGGACAACGAAGGCUCAGAUAUGGUCAAUCAGUUUUUGGAGCAUUUUUAUACGGUGUACGAUUCGCAAAAUCGUAGACAUUUGUCUGGGCUUUAUCACAGUGAUGCCAUGUUUUCACUGACUUGUGUCUAUUUGGCUGGACAAUUAACUUCUGGCUCUGCUUCGCUUAAAGUAUACAGUAACUUAUCCAGGAAUAUUUUAAAAUCGGCUGAUAUGUCCAAAACUCAACAAUGUCUUUUUAUUGGUCAGGACAGCAUCAUGGAUGUAUUUGUCAACAAGUUGCCAGCUACUGAGCAUGAUUAUCAUUCAUUUACUUUGGAUUUAACACACUUGACUCCUAAAACCGCAGUAUUCACCAUAACAGGCGUCUACAAGGAAAAACCUGUUACUUUAUUGGACCAAGAACGCCUACUAGGAUUCUGUCGUACUUUUGUGCUGGCAAUAGAAGGCAACAAAUGCGUCAUAACCAACGAUCAGUUGCACGUCUACAACGGACUGACUUUACAACAAAAAACCUCGUUUUUGCUACCGCAGAAAAAGCUGGUCAACAAACCGUUGAUACCGUCACCAACAAAACCAUCAGACUUUGCCGAUUUGGUUCAAACUUUCCGGCUCAUAACUGGAUUGAAAAAUGAUUGGGCCAAAAAGUUUCUUCAAGAGUGCUCCUACGACCUCAAGACCGCCCUGGAAAAUUUUGUCGACCGGUAUAAGAUCGACAAAAUACCCCCGAUUGCAUUUAGCGGCGAUCAAAAUUAA